UACUUAGCUUUACCGUUGGCUAUUUUAUCAAGCUCCUGACGGCAGCCCUGACGGCAAAAACUGCAACAAUUAUUAUGGAUAUUUCAACAUGACCAUCAUCUUCUGUCGUAUAUAACCUUCACCUUCCAACCCAAACCAAUCCCAAAUUCUCCUCGAACGCUCUCCGUUCUCUAUUUUUCUCAAAUCCAAACAAAAUUCACAAUGGCCCUUCCCCUCGCCGGCAAAGUCGCAAUCGUCACGGGCUCUUCCCGUGGCAUCGGCCGAGCCAUCGCCGCCCACCUCUCCUCCCUCGGCGCGAACCUCGUCAUCAACUACGCCACCAACUCGACUCAAGCGGAUCUCCUCGCGUCCGAACUCAACUCGAAUUCAGCCGACCUUCGAGCCAUCGCGGUCCAAGCCGACGUAUCACAUCCAUCAGGACCCAAAACCCUGUUCGACCGUGCGGAGGAAGCAUUCGGUUCUCCCGUGCACAUCUUCGUCAACUCUGCGGGCAUCGUUGACUCCAAAUACUCGACUAUCUCUUCCAUGCCCGUAGAAGACUUCGACGCCAUUUUCAGCGUCAAUGCUCGUGGCGCCUUCCUGUGUUGCCAAGAAGCCGCUAACAGAAUCGUUCGUGGCGGCGGAGGGCGGAUUGUCAUGAUAUCGACUUCUUUGGUCGGAGCGCUAUUGACGAAGUAUGGUGCGUAUACAGCGUCGAAGGCGGCGGUGGAGACGCUGGUGAAGAUACUGGCGAAGGAGCUCGGGGGAACGAAGAUUACCGUGAACUGCGUGGCGCCUGGACCGACCGCGACUGAGCUGUUCUUUGAGGGUAAAACCGAAGCGGACAUCAAGAGGUUGCUGGAUAUGAAUCCAAUGGGGAGAAUUGGGGAGCCCAAGGAUGUGGCGCCGGUGGUUGGGUUUCUUUGUAAGGAUGAAGCAGAAUGGGUUAAUGGACAGGUGAUUAGGGCUAAUGGUGGGUACGUUUGAUAAAGUACGGAACUCUUUCACUUGUCUUGCUUUGUGGAGGAAUUGAGCGUGUGAUGUAAUACUGAACUUUGGAAUUCUAAAUCUUUUAUUGAUGGAUUGAUGUUGGGCUUUUUUUUUCA